AAGAUUUGUGUUAUCUAAUCUCCCACCCCCGAAUUGUAGCAUUGGAACGGACCACAAGGGUCAUCAAGUCCAACCCCCUGCAAUUAAGGAUUCUUUUGUCCUGCGUGGGGCUCAAACCCAACGCGAUCCUGAGAUUAAGAUGUUGAGCUUUCAUUUGCUUCAUCCCAUCAAUCUGUGUGGCAUAGAAUCCUGGUAGUGAGAUCUGCAAAUGUGAGCAGUUUAGGAUACGGAGCAAAUAGAACCAUUGAAUUGUAGAAUUUUACUGCCUUAGAUUUCCCCCGUGCCACAAAAUCUCUGCCUGCCCACUCUCCUCCAGAUCGUUGCCACCCCAAACGGAAACUUGGGACUUAAAGUGUGGAUGGACAGCUCUCUUCGGAGGUGGGGCAGGGUGGGGCUGGCUAACGGAGGUACACGUUUAAUCAUCAUGGUCGGGGCAAAGGUACGCCGUGGGAUGUGAUUCCUGUUGCUCUCUGCCCCGUGGGGAGGGGAGCUGAGAUGAUAUAUCAAUGGGUUGUUGCACUUCCACCGGCCUGAUCGCUCCAGCAUCCCACAGGAUGGGCACGGAGGCAGCCGGGCACCUCCUGACAUUGCUCCUGGUACUCGAGGGCAUUGCUGUAGGAUGCCAAACCAGAGGCGAAUCGUCCAGGGCAAAUCAGUUCCCUGGGGCUGAGCUACCACCAAAGCCUUUCGCAGCAAAAUCCGCCCUCGCCAGCUGCGACUUCGAUGACGCCGGCAACCCGUUCUGUGACUGGACCCAGCCUAAGGAUGACAGCGGGGACUGGAUUCGAGGAGAGGGGAAGAAGCCCGGGGAAAGCCCUGGACCGCCAGGAGGGGUCCCCGAACGGAGAGGCCAUUACAUCUACCCGGAGGAAGGAGCAUCAGUGCUGUUGCAGAGCCCGGAUCUGGACCCGGCCGCGCCAGAGACCUGCCUCGAGUUCCUCUACUACCUGUACAGCCUAGACAGCAAGGGCCAGCUGGCAGUGAAAGUUCAAUAUCCUUCGGGGAACUCCUCCACCCUGUGGACACGGAGAGGGAUGGAGAGUUCGUCUUGGCUGCUGGGCGCUGUGACUAUCCAGAAUCCAUCGCAACGCCCCUUCAAGGUUGUUUUCGCUGCCACCCAGGUCAAGACCGAAGAAAUCACCAUCGCUCUGGACAGCAUCUCCGUCAGGAUUGGGCCUUGUGCACCCUGUGUGACCGGGUGCGAUUUUGACGACGACGGCGACCUCUGCCAAUGGGAGAAUCCGGCCGACGGAGAUGUCCAGUGGGAGCAGUGGGUUGGGGCUGGGGACCUGCCCGGAGUGGGGCCAGAGGACGACUUCUCGAAACCCGGCUUUGGCUUCUACAUGUUGCUCAAUUCUCUGGGCGGCAGCGGCACGGCCCUCCUGAAGAGCCCCCUCUACCAGUCCCUGGGAUCCUGCCUCUCUCUCAGCUUCUACUAUACCUUGCACGGCGUCUCCAACAACACAGGGCUGAGGGUGUACGCAGCGCAACCAGGGGGUGAGCUGGGGCCCGCCUUGCUGAGUCUCGCAGGGGAACAUGGACCCGACUGGAAACCGGGAAGAGCCGUCUACUCAGGGACAUCAGAGAACAUCCAGUUCAUCAUCGAAGGCACCUAUGCAGGGAAGCCUGGCGUCGCAGUGGACAGCGUGAGGAUCUCGCCCUGCGAAGAGACUUUCGCCGAGUGCAACUUCAACGACGCAGCGGACCCGUUCUGCGGCUGGCUGCAGCCCAGCGACAACAAGGCGAACUGGACGUGGACAAAGGGAUACACACCGACAGAAGAGACGGGGCCUCCAGGCGACUAUCCUGACGGCAAGGGCCACUACAUCUACGUGGAAGCUGGUUGCACGAAGCCAGGCCAGGCCACGCGUCUGUCCAGCCGGGGCUUCUGCACGGACACCGACGCCUGCGUGGAAUUCUACUUCUACAUGCACGGCAUUGUGGAAGUCGACACCCAGCUCCGGGUUCUGGCGCACGGGCCGUGGGGACCCAGCACCCUCCUCUGGAGCCGGACCGGGAUCCAAAGCCCCGCCUGGCUCUUGGGGUCUGUGACGGUGCCCUACGGGGGACCCCAACCCAGCAAGGUCGUUUUCGAGGUGGUCCGGGGCAGCAACCCCUAUAUGGACGUGGCGCUGGACAACAUUUCCAUACGCAAGGGGGCCUGCGCAGAAUCUGGGACUACAAUUCCUCCACCGACCUCCACAGCCGCCACAUCGACCACCACAGGGAGACCCGGACCCAUAACAACCACCGGGGCCAGACCCACAACCACCACCAGUGGACCAAGCCCCAUAACCACCACUGGGACUGGCCCCACAACUACCACCGGGGCCACAACCACAACCACCACCAGGACCAGCCCCAUAACCACCACUGGGACCAGCCCCAUAACCACUACCAGUGGACCAAGCCCCACAACUACCACUGGGGCCAGCCCCACAACCACUAUUGGGACUGGACCCACAUCUACCACCGGGGCCACAACCACCACUGGGACCAGCCCCAUAACCACCAGUGGACCCAGCCCCACAACUACCACCGGGGCCAGCCCCAUAACCACCACCAGUGGACCCAGCCCCACAACCACAACUGUGACUAACCCCACAACCACCAACGGGACCAGCCCCACAACCACCAUUGGACCCAGCCCCACAACCACCACCGAGGCCAGCCCCACAACCACCAGUGGACCCAGACCCACAACCACCAACGGGACCAGCCCCACAACCACCAGUGGACCCAGCCCCAUAACCACCAGUGGACCCAGCCCCACAACCACCAGUGGACCCAGCCCCAUAACCACCAGUGGACCCAGCCCCACAACCACCAAUGGGACCAGCCCCACAACCACCAGCGGACCUAGCCCCACAACUACCACUGGGCCCAGCCCCACAACCACCAAUGGGACCAGCCCCACAACCACCAGUGGACCCAGCCCCACAACCACCACUGGGCCCAGCCCCACAACCACCAAUGGGACCAGCCCCACAACCACCAGCGGACCCAGCCCUACAAACCACCAGUGGACCCAGCCCCACAACACCACUGGGCCCAGCCCCACAACCACCAAUGGGACCAGCCCCACAACCACCAACGGACCCAGCCCCACAACCACCAGUGGACCCAGCCCCACAACCACCACUGGGCCCAGCCCCACAACCACCAAUGGGACCAGCCCCACAACAACCAGCGGACCCAGCCCCACAACCACCACUGGGUCCAGCCCCACAACCACCAAUGGGACCAGCCCCACAACCACCAACGGACCCAGCCCCACAACCACCAGGGGACCCAGCCCCACAACCACCACUGGGCCCAGCCCCACAACCACCAAUGGGACCAGCCCCACAACCACCAGCGGACCCAGCCCUACAACCACCAGUGGACCCAGCCCCACAACCACCACUGGGCCCAGCCCCACAACCACCAGUGGACCCAGCCCCACAACCACCAAUGGGACCAGCCCCACAACCACCAGUGGACCUAGCCCUACAACCACCAGCGGACCCAGCCCCACAACCACCACUGGGCCCAGCCCCACAACCACCAAUGUGACGAGCCCCAUAACCACCAGCGGACCCAGCCCCACAACCACCAACGGGACCAGCCCCACAACCACCAACGGACCCAGCCCCACAACCACCAGUGGACCCAGCCCCACCACCACCACUGGGCCCAGCCCCACAACCACCAGGACCAGCCCCACAACCACCAGCGGACCCAGCCCUACAACCACCAGUGGACCCAGCCCCACAACCACCACUGGGCCCAGCCCCACAACCACCACUGGGCCCAGCCCCACAACCACCAAUGGGACCAGCCCCACAACCACCAGCGGACCUAGCCCCACAACUACCACUGGGCCCAGCCCCACAACCACCAAUGGGCCCAGCCCCACAACCACCAGUGGACCCAGCCCCACAACCACCAAUGGGACCAGCCCACAAACCACCAGUGGACCUAGCCCUACAACCACCAGCGACCCCAGCCCCACAACCACCACUGGGCCCAGCCCCACAACCACCAAUGUGACGAGCCCCAUAACCACCAGCGGACCCAGCCCCACAACCACCAACGGGACCAGCCCCACAACCACCACCGGGGCCAUCCCCACAACCACCAUUGGACCCAGCCCCACAACCACCAGCGGGACCAGCCUCAUAACCACCACCAGUGGACCUAGCCCCACAACCACAACUGUGACUAACCCCACAACCACCAACGGGACCAGCCCCACAACCACCAUUGGACCCAGCCCCACAACCACCAGGGCCAGCCCCACAACCACCACUGGGGCCAGCCCCACAACCACAACUGGGACCAGCCCCACAACCACCACCGGUGCCAGCCCCAUAACCACCACCAGCGGACCCAGCCCCACAACCACCAGUGGACCCAGACCCACAACUACCACCGAGGCCAGCCCCGCAACCACCAGUGGACCCAGACCCACAACCACCAACGGGACCAGCCCCACAACCACCAGUGGACCCAGCCCCAUAACCACCAGUGGACCCAGCCCCACAACCACCACCAGUGGACCCAGCCCCACAACCACCAGUGGACCCAGCCCCAUAACCACCAGUGGACCCAGCCCCACAACCACCAGUGGACCCAGCCCCACAACCACCAGUGGACCCAGCCCCAUAACCACCAGCGGACCCAGCCCACAACCACCAGCGGACCCAUGGACCCAGCCCAUAACCACCAGCGGACCCAGCCCCACAACCACCAGCGGACCCAGCCCCACAACCACCAGUGGACCCAGCCCCACAACCACCAGUGGACCCAGCCCCACAACCACCACUGGGCCCAGCCCCACAACCACCCCGGAACUGUGUACCUCCACCCCUUCGGUCUCCACUACUACAACAACCACGGCGAAACCCCCUGUGCCGCCUGCAGAUCAGGAGACCUGCACCAUCUCGGGAGACCCCCACUACGCCACCUACGACAGUCGCCGCUUUGACUUCAUGGGCACCUGCACCUACCUGCUUUCUGCCCCCUGCAACGCCACCUCGGUGCCCAACUUCAGGGUGGAGGCCACAAACGAGCACCGAGGGAACAACAAGCAGGUCUCGUACGUCAAGUCCGUCAGCGUGGAGGUCUAUGGGACGCGGAUCGGGCUGCUCAAGGGGCGCAGAGUCACAGUGGACGGCCAGCGUGUUACGUUGCCAGUGUCCCUGGCCACUGGACGGGUGUCCGUGCGCCUGAGCGGCACCUUCGUCCUGGUCCAGGCAGACUUCGGCCUCUGGGUGCGCUUCGACGGGAACCACCACGCGGAAGUCUCCGUCCCAGAGGUCUACUUUGGCCAGCUCUGCGGCCUCUGUGGGAAUUACAACGGACAACCUUCUGAUGACAAUCUCAUGCCCGACGGCACCUCGGCCGGAAACGAUGUGAACAAGCUGGGUGAGAGCUGGCAGGUCCCGGGCGCCACAGACCCAGGCUGCACCAACUCAGGAGACCCAGGAGAGUGUGACAAGGACAUUGAGGAGGAUGCGAAGAAACCUACGAGUUGCGGGAUCCUCACAGACCCUCAAGGUCCGUUUGCCCCAUGCCACAGCAAGGUCCCCCCUGACGGGGCGUUUCAGAACUGCGUGUACGAUCUCUGCGGCACCGGGGAGGACACGGGCUCUCUCUGCUUCGCCCUGCAGUCCUACGCCGAUAGGUGUGCCCAAGCCGGAAUUCCCAUCGCCUGGAGGAACAGCAGCUUCUGCCCCCUGAACUGCCCUCCUGGCAGCAACUACACAUCUUGUGGCCCAGCGUGCCCUGCCACCUGCACGGAGCCCCCCUCCCGGAACAGCUGCAACCUGCCCUGCGUGGAGGGCUGCGUCUGCAACGAGGGCUUCGUCCUCAGCGGAGACCAGUGUGUCCCCCUUGGCCAGUGUGGCUGCACAGACCCCGGCGGCCAAUACCAUCCGGUUGGUGAGAGCUGGAUGGGGAACAGCAACUGCACCCAGCGCUGUACCUGUGCCCCUCUCAACAACAUCACCUGCGAGGAGUGGAGCUGCAGCCCCGUUCAGGAGUGUCGGCCGGUGGAGGGGCUCCUGGGUUGCCAAGACACAGCAAUCCCACCUGACCACCACACCAGAGCCAGCUGCGUCCUCUGGACAACAGAUCCCUGCAGCAAAAGCAUCUUGUCCCCCAACCAGAGUAUUGCACAUCUGCAGAUUAAAGGAGUGAGUGGCUGCCUGCCACGUGGCCGGGGACCCCCACUAUUACAGUUUCGAUGGCACCAUGGUCUCCUUCAUGGGCACUGCACCUACACCUUGGUGACGCUGUGCCACGCCGACCCCCGCCUCCCGGCCUUCAACAUCACCGCCAAGAACGAGGAGCGGGGCCAGCCCGAAGCCUCCUACCUCCGCCUCGUGACCGUGGAGGUGGCCGGAGCCACAGUCACCCUGCAGAAAAGUCGGCGGGUGCUGAUUGAUGGCCAACGUGUCCGGACCCCCGUGGAGGGCCGCAUUCCUGGCGUCUCCAUCACCACCAGCGGGAUCUACGUGGUCCUGGAGACCGAUUUCGGGCUGGUGGUCAAGUUUGACGGAAACCAUCACCUAGAGAUCCAGCUGCCUGGGACUUACUUUGACAAGGUGUGUGGGAUGUGCGGCAGCUUCAACAACCAGAGCAGAGACGACCUCCUGAUGCCCAACGGACACUUGGCCACCAAUGCCAGUCAGUUUGGAAACAGCUGGAAGGCACCGGGAGACGCUGACCCAGGCUGCCAGCCAGAUGACCGCGAGGACCUGGAGCCCCCCUGCUCGGCCCAAGAGAUGGAGCGCCUUCGCGGCCAGUGCCGUGAGAUCCUGGGGCCCAAGUACCAGCCCUGCCACGCCACCAUCGACCCCCAGCCCUUCUUCCAGAACUGCCUGUACGACAUGUGCGAGUACCAGGGCAUGGCCUCCGUGCUCUGCGACAACAUCCAGUCCUACGUGGAGGCCUGCAAGAGCCAAGGCGUGGAUAACAUCUCGUGGAGGAACAGCACCUUCUGCCCCCUGCCCUGCCCGGCUCACAGCCACUACACCGAGUGCUCCUCUCCCUGCCCGGCCACCUGCUCCAACCUCUACGCCCCAGCCAGCUGCCAGCGCCCCACGACCUGCGUGGAGGGGUGCGCCUGCGACAGGGGCUACGUGCUGAGCGACGACAGCUGUGUCUUGAUGCGGGACUGCGGGUGCCUGAGCACCCAGAACGAGUACUACAACCCCGGAGAAACCUGGGUGACGGCCAAUUGCCUUGAACGCUGCACCUGCGUCGGGAACGGGAAGAUCACCUGCCAGUCCUUCCGGUGCCUGGAUGGGUCCGUGUGCGCCCUCAGCACCGCGGGGCUUCACUACUGCCGCCCAACCAGAUUCCACCAGUGUGUGAUUUCCGGAGACCCCCACUACAACACUUUCGACAACUUCGUCCACCACUUCCAGGGGCGCUCCACUUACACCUUGACCAGGACCCUGGCUGACCUUCCGGAGUCUCUCGAACCCCUCUCCGUGGCGGGCAGGAACCGCCGCCGCUUCCCUUUCCAAAGCUUCUCCUUCCUGCGCGAGGUCUACGUCGAGGUGUACGGCUACAGCAUCCAGUUGUUGCAGGGGAGGAAGAUGGCGGUAAAUGGCGUGAUGGUCACCACUCCGUACUCGCCCCGGGACGGGCUCCAGAUCACCCAGAGAGGCCGCACCAUCUGCGUGGAAACGGAUUUUGGGCUCUCCGUUUACUUCGACGGCCAAGAUUUUGGUGAGAUCGUCCUCCCCAGCACCUAUCGGACCUAUGUGGGAGGGCUCUGCGGGAAUUACGACGGGCAGCGGAACAACGAGUACAUGAAACCCGACAGAACGUGGACCCGGAGCCUCAACACCUUUGGGAACAGCUGGGAGGUCAUGGUCCCCAGCAGAGAAAGGGAGGCUGGCAGCCAUCCUCGCAUCAGGCAUGAGGAACCAUCAGACGAAGUCGAGUCCGGCUUUGAAAUCGCCUGCAGCCCAGAGCAGCUGAUAUCUGUCAACGGGACGGGCGUCUGUGGGGCCCUCUCUGACCCCCAGGGGCCGUUCUCAGCCUGCCACAGCGUCCUGUCGCCCAGCCCUUUCCAAGAGAACUGUGUGUACGACCUCUGCGCUCUCAUGGGCGACACUGAGCUCUUAUGCCAAGAUUACGAUGCCUAUGCCAAGCUCUGCCAGGAGGAGGGGGUCACGCUGGGAGCCUGGAGGCAGAAGAUGGGCUGCGAGAUCUCGUGCCCGCCUCACACCACCUACAAAUCUUGCAUGACCGCCUGUCCCGACAGCUGUGCCAACAUGGCUGCCCAAUCGGAGUGCGAUGCCCCUUGCGUGGAGGGCUGCGCCAGCGACCCCGGCUACGUCCUCAGCGGGCUGGACAGCGUCCCCUACAACCAGUGCGGCUGCACUGACAACAACCAGUAUUACCAGAUCAACGACACUUUCUUCACGGAGGACUGCUCCAAAAGAUGCACCUGCCGCAAUACGGGGACUCUGGAGUGUGAGCCUGUGGCCUGCGCCAAGGGGGAUGCCUGCGCCGUGGUAAACUUCACCCGCGGAUGCUACAGAGAGAGCGCCUGCCUCCGUAACAAUUGCCAGAACGAGGGAGUGUGUCAGGACACCUUAGACGGCGCCCUCGGCUACGUCUGUGUUUGCACGGAGGGCUACAAUGGAACCUACUGCGAGACUGCCUACGAUGUACAGCCCCCAUCCCCCUCGACAGAUGACAACAAUUUGACAGUCAUCCUCAUCGGAGUCCUCGUUCCUCUCGCGUUGAUCCUGAUGGUGGUGACAGGUGUCUGCAUCUAUCGACAGCGGAGGAGCAGGCGGGAACAUGGCAUGCUUACCUUGUCAGAUCCAGGCCAAGGCACGCCUCUUCCUUACACGACUGCCGACAAGACCACUCACUUCUGACUUCCGCCCCAGAUCUAUUGCUGAAAAUAUUCCUUCCCGGUCACACGCCCAGGGUGGGAACCUUCAAGAUCUGACCAGCCGGGUUGCUGAAGGGGCAGAGGCGCUGCAAAUAAAGGCUGCCCCCGCACCCCACCUGCUUUCGCUUCCAGGAGUCUGUCUGGCCAGGUGAAGGAAAAUCAGAGGAAGUGGAGGAGGUUGGAGACACACGCCAACCCAUUCGCCACCCUGGCAUCUGCUGACACACCUUUCCCGCCCUCCGGGCUCUGUGAUGCUUCUAGACUUGGCGAUCCCAUACAGAGAAUAGGCUUGGCAACCCAAAUUCUGCCAAGGCCACCAUUCCCAGCCAGCUGCUCAUAGCUCCCCACCCUACCCUCUCUGUGGGGCCAGCACACCUCAUCCCACACAUGCC